AUGGGUAUAGCUGAUCUAUGGCCAGUGGUAAGCCCAGCAUGCGACUCGAGAACGCCAUUCCCGGUAUUUCUUGCUCACUUCAUUGAGCACUAUGGUAGACCGCCCAGGGUCGCCAUCGACGCCUAUAUGUUCAUGUUUUACUCUCAGCUUCCAGACGCGAACCCUGAGGACCAAGUGAUCCAGGAAAGAACGAUAAGGAAUUUCAUGGCAAAGUUAUGGUACUUGGUACAGCAUAAUGUUUCGUUUGUGAUCGUGUUUGAUGGAAAAUUCAAGCCCAGCAAGUUAAGACACGGUAAUAUACCUGAGAUUGCAGGGUCCUUGAACUAUGACGAGGUGCUAGAACAGUUCCAUAGAGUGCACCCUUCGAAUUACGUGGAGGGGCUGGGGCUAGUGGAGAGACUUAAAAGGAUCCUACAAAGAAAUUGUAUGGAUAUCGUUCAGGCUCCAGGAGAAGCAGAGGCUGAAUGUGCAUGGCUUCAGAAGCUUGGGGUGGUGGACUAUGUGGUAUCUGAUGAUUCAGACACUUUGGUGUUUGGAGCAACGAAAAUGCUACGUUUGUUUAACCGUGUGAAAUACAUAAACAGUGAAAACAAGCCUGUCUUGAGCAAUACAGACUAUUAUGUCACUCCAGUGCACAUGGAUAAAGUGACAGAAAUGACAGGCUUGGACAAGAACAGAAUGGUUUUGCUCGCUAUUCUUCGAGGAGGUGACUACUCCACUGGUGCUGAGGGCAUUGGCAUCACUCGUGCAAAGGAAAUUGCUCUUUGUGGAACGAAUUUGCUUUCAAGUCUGCCGAGGAAAACAACUCAAGAUUUUGGAUCUCUUCCCGACUUCUCUGCUAUGUUUGCAGAGACUUUCAUUGACCAGGAAAAGGCAAGAGCUGUGCUGCUACAGCCUUGGAAGACUCUCAAACCGGAACUAGAUCGAGCUGAUAGUCUAAGAGCAUUUAAUAAGUAUUUGGACUCUUUCCUACGAGAACAGCAUAGGGAGAUUUUUGGGCGUCUGACAACUAUGAAAGCCGAGGUUAAAGUGGACGAUUACUAUGCUUUGCUUUAUUUCUUUCCCUUGGUGAACCCUAAGGUGUUCAAGUUCACGCCAUAUUCUACGAGUUUUGGUGAGCUCAAGGCUAUCAUCGACGAUAUGCCAGGACUAACUCCCGAGGACGACUCGCAGAGCGUGAAGAGAUACAAUUACGUCUGUGACCCUGGUGACAUUGGCGAACUGGUGGUCGAGAAAGGAAGAUUCCUCUUUGUUGGAAAAGGUAGGGGUAAAUCCUUAGAAAAGGAACAGUAUGCGCUACCGAGGGAAAGAAAGUUCAACCUCAAAUCCUUUGCUUUGAAACUCCUAAUUUCUCCAAAGGCAAAUGGAGAAAUCUUCCUUGCAAGAAGCAAAAUUGUCGAUGGGGUUCAAUUAGGUGUUCUCAAGUUCCAGAGAACAAAGCUUCACGACAAAGUAUACUUGGUCAAGAAGGAAGGACGAUCCAAUAAUAAUGAUUUUGGUGAUUAUGAUGACGACGAAAAUAAUGAAGAAGACAGCCAGGAUCCGGAUGCUCUGGUUCAAAGGAAUGACGAAGAAGAUGACGAAAAGCUAACAGCGGUGACCGUACCAAUGAACUCCAUUCGCUUAGUAGACCCUAAGCUCGUGAAAGAUCUUGAAAGGAAACAAUUACUUGAUCAACGAAGAAAAUCACCAAGCAAAAAGAAAACAUCUCCACAAAAGACAACCCUUGAUGCCCUUUGGCCUGGAAUGUCGCCCACCAAGAAAUCGAAAGAAUCUGUUGAAGUCAUCAAUCUUGAUAGCGACGAAGAGAUCGAAACCAGUCCCUCGAAACCAGAAAGAAACCUGUCACCUAUCAAGAAAGAACCAAGAAGAAGGAGAAAGACACUCAAAGACAAAUACGAACUUUUACCCAACCAAGGCACUGUUACUGCAUUUUUUCAACAAAGAAAGAACCCGUUCGAGGAGAAUGGCUCGCUCUUUGUUCCAGAGGAUGAUGAAAACGAUUCACCUCUAGAAAUCAAAAAAUCUGAAAACUACAUGAGUAUGAAGAACGUUCUUUCCCAUAGACCUUUGUUGACCGAGUCUUCUAUGGCUGCAAAAGCCCUGGUAGAGUCGCUCAAAUGUAUCUUCGAUACUGCUGAUUUGCAGCAUUUCAAGAGCUCUAUUGCAUACGAAAGGCUACAUAAUGUCAUUAACCUCAUUGUGCAGAAAGCAAAGGGAACAGCCUUGCCAAAGAACGUAUUUGACGUUUCUUUGGUCACGAGAGAGAAGGUUUCCAGUAAUGUUCUCAAAGAAGAUCAAUUUGAGCUGUUUUCAGAGGCUACUAUUGCUGUUCUCGAUAUUCUUCUGUCGCUCAAUAGAUUGAUAGACGAGACACCUCCAUUGGAAGGGCCUAGGAGGUUUGGUAAUAUGGCCCGGAGAGAGUGGCAGGACAAGGCUGAAGCAAUUGCUGGACCAUUGCUUGAAAAGCUUGCAUCUGAUGACGGUCUUCAACAGGAACUUCUGUAUUACUUGCUCAAUUCAUUUGGUUCCCCAAUUAGACUUGACUAUGGAUCAGGCCAUGAACUAUCCUUCGUUGCCUUUAUCGGUGGCCUCAUAGAGCUCAAGAUAUUCGAUAUCACCAAGGUUGAUGCAACAGAGAUUCUCGUGGUAUUUGCCAAGUACUAUGACUUGUCUCGAGCCGGCGGGCUCUCAUGGAGUCUGGGUCUAGAUGACCACUUUCACUUUAUUUAUAUACUCGGUGCUGCUCAGUUUAACAUUGAUGGUGACAGCCGCCAGUAUGUUCCACCAGUACUGCAAAUUCUUUCAUCCCUCAGUAUUGAAGACUACAAGGAGACUAAUUUCUACGUGAACGCUAUAGCGUUCAUCUUUAAGAUCAAACUGGGACCUUUUAAUGAACAUUCACCUAUUAUUUAUGACAUUCACAAGACGGUGACUUUGUGGUCUAAGGUUUUAUCGGGGUUGCUUAAGAUGUAUGAAGUUGAAGUCCUUGGCAAGUUUCCCGUGGUACAGCACUUCUGGUUUGGCUCGGGGCUCUUCCCUUGGGUCGAUGCUGAAACGAAACAACAAUUACCCAUCAGAGAUAUUGCAAGCGAACAAGAGAAAGAAAAGGAAGAUACUUUGCCUGGUUUUAUUAACGGCUAUUCUGGCCAGAAGACUACUCAAGCUAACAUAGCAUUAACUGGUGCACCCUGGGCGCGUCAACAAACUGGGAAUGCUCCGACGGCUAUUCCACAGCGAGCUCCAGCCCGGCCUGGAAAUGCAAAUAUUCGUGGCCAAAGAAGAUAA